UUUUUUUCUUCAAAAAUGAGUUGAUCUUUGAUUAGUAGGUUUUUUUUUUUACUUAAAUAAUAAUCAAAAGAGAGCGCAAGAUAAACCAAAUUUGCGUAAGGAUGUGGUCAUGACCGCAACUAAACUGCGUCCUGUUCGUUUUCAUUUCUUCACUUUUACUCUCAGGAUCAAGCAUAAUAAGAGUUCAAAAGAAAAAUGAAGUUCAGAAAAGGGAACUUGGUGGAGGUUUUGAGAAGAGAAGAUGAUCCAUGUGGUUCCUGGUUUACUGGUAAUAUUCUUUCAGCAGAUGGUGACUACUAUAUUGUUAGGUACAAACUGUUUACAGACUGUGAAGGAAGAAGGGUGGUGGAGACGGUGAAAGGGAAGGACGUUAGACCAUUGCCUCCAUAUGUAAACCGGAAGAAUUGGGCAGUUGGGGAUGUAGCUGAGGUGUUCGAUAUCCAGUGUUGGAGGAUAGGAAAGGUUGCAAAGGUGUUAAAGAACAAUGAUUCAUUUGUCAUUAAGUUGUUUGGGUCCAUCCAACUUAAAGAAUUCCAUGUAUCAAGUUUAAGGGUUAGGCAGGCUUGGCAUGGUAACAAAUGGAUGGUGGUUGGGAAGGUUGCUCAAAGUAAAGAUUUGGUCAACAGUUUUACACCGAAAACUCCGUACUGUACCGGUGGCUUGCGUUUCAAGACUCCAUUACUUAUGAACAAAGCUUUGCAGUCUAAAGAGAAGGAUAGGGAGGGACAACAUAAGACCAGGGCUCAUAAUGUCAUACAUAAAGUCUACGCACAUCAAUCUGAAAAAUGCAACAUCGAGAAGCACUUUGGAGGAAACCUCAAGACUAGGAAAUCACCUCUUAAGAGAACACUUCCUUGGUUUAACCAGGUAGAUGAUUUUUCUUACCUGAAUGCAGGGAUUGAUGAAACAUUCAUUAAGCAAUCGACUAAAAGGAAUAACAGGAUGGAAGACGCAAGUCCAAACUGUGUAUAUCAUUCUUCGAGGUCUGUUCAGUCUACUCAAAAUAGCAACCAAUGCUCAGUUGCUAGCUGUAGUUUCAAUGGUGUUGCAGGUGGCCGACUUUCUCCUAAACCAUUGGAAAACACACCUGAUCAUUCCGAUGCCGAGUCGUCAUUCCCAUCUUUGUGUGGCAAAAGAGACUUACCCUCAUCCCCUGUUGACAAAGUCAUCAAUAUCCAUGAACUAGAGCUUCGUGCUUACAAGUCGACAGUAGAGGCAUUGUAUGUUUCGGGUCCUUUAACUUGGGAGCAGGAGGCAUUGUUAACAAAUCUCCGCCUCUCCCUUAACAUUUCAGAUGAGGAACACCUACUCCAGUUGAGACACCUUUUGUCCGCUCACGUUUUAUGAUCCGGUCAUGUUUGUCUCUUAUGUCUUGUCACGGCAUAUGGAUUUAAUUGCUUUGAGGCUCUCUUGCAGGUGGGUGGCGGCACCUUAACCUUCCUCGUUAUAAACUUUUCAGGUGUACAUAACAUGUAAAGUAUAUGGAGGAAUUGAGGUUUUACAUGUUGAAGCUAAGGCCUUAGAGCCAAUAGCAGGAGUUCAUGUCUUAUUAUAAGGGUGAUUUGACUGAAGAAAUUUCAUUUUGUUUUGUAAUAAAAGAUCAUAUGUAGGAAAAAGAACAUGUCGGAUUCUUAUUUUUUGAUAAUUCAAAUGUGGACUGAGUUCGAUAA